GAACUAAAAUGCUGAAAAACGUUUGUCGCAUAUGCGCCAGUAACACGGACGACAGCAAAGCAUUAAAGCUCUUCAUGAGCAGCACGCGGGAGCUGGUGCAACAAAUCAAUUUAAUCGCCGGCAUUUUGCUUCAAUUCGAUCCCGAUUUACCCGAUUGGAUAUGCGAAAGAUGUCAGACAGCCUUGCAGGGUGCAAUAGAGUUCCGUGACCAAUGUCUGAGCAGCCAAGAUAAGUUCAAAAGAUUCGAUGGGACGCUUACUGAGGGCUCUCGGCCUGCAUCCACCCACCUAUUCUGUUUACGACGUAGUACGCGCUCCCAGAAUCAGCUGGACGCUGCCACAGAACUAAAGAAUCUGCCCAGUCCCAUAGAAGUAAUGAUCAAAGUCGAGAACCUGAGCAAUGGCCAUGAAGAAGACGAUGGUGUUGAUCAUCUGGACACUAGCAACGAAACAGAUCUGGACUUCGUAAUUAAAGAGUUUCCCCUGUCAGAAGACGAUGAUGUGCCUGGCUCCGCAGCUAAGAUCCGAAGAGGUCGACGAAAGAGGUGUUCUAGUGAAAAGCGCCAAAAACCAGCUCUAACCGUCUUCUUCUGCGAUCAAUGUGGCACCAAUAUCACUGGAAAAACCUCCUUUGAUCGCCACCUGCGUAAGCACAGCGGCGUCCGACCCUUCCAGUGCCAACUCUGCCCCGCCCGCUUUCUAUCCGCUGGGGAGCUGAAAGGUCAUCAGGUGAUGCAUACUGGGGAUCGUAAUUUCCCCUGCCGCUACUGCGAUCGCAGCUAUGUCAACUACAGCGGGCGACUACGUCACGAACGCACUCAUACCAAUGAUAGGCCUUUUGUCUGCUCCCAGUGUUCCAAGGGCUUCACUAAUUCGUACAUUCUAAAGAACCAUAUGCUGAUCCAUACGGGCGAGCGCUUGUUUAGAUGUGAGCUGUGCCAGCGUUCGUUUUCGCGACCAACCCACUUGAAGACCCACUAUCGCUCGAAUACGCACAAGCACAAUAUGGAAAAAGCAAAGGCCGAGAAACAACAGCUGGCCGACUGCUUGCAAAUGGCUCUGCCACAGCAGGCGGAGCAGACUGAAUUCCUGGUGGAGCAGCAGCAACCGGCAUUGGGCUUCACGAUAGAUGUUCCUUUGCCCUUGGAGCAGGCAUCCUCAUUGGAUCUAGCCGCUCAACAGCUCUUGGGACCAACAACCUUAGUAUUUAGUACAAACUAAACCAACGACAACGAAAAGCCAAAUAUAUAGUUUAUACUUUAAUUUCAUUAAGUCUUUGUGGAGAUCUCGAGAUCUUACGACUGUUUUGAGUCGGUGUUGUACGGCAACAAUUUUUAUCAAGAAAACGUACAAAUUAUAAAAAUCUAA